CGCGCUAUUGUCUCCUCAGGUACCCACUAUCCUCCAAUAAUUCUUUUCAAAUAGUCACUUUCUCUCUCAGUGUUUGUCUGUGUAAGCUUCCCCAUUUCUCUGCUCCUGUUACAGUUUGGUGGGGGCUGCUCAACUUCCUCUUGUCAGGAUUCUCUAGCGAGUCCCCCCCUCACUCCUACAAGGCUGACAAAAAAGGCGUUACAAAGCAAAGCAUAAAUCCACCCCACAACCACUAAAUAGAAAGACACUCAAAAUCUCUUUAUUUAUCCAGCUUCUUUCUCUCUUUUGUCACCAAACCUUGUCUGUAAGGAGUUACUUGUUGCUAAUUGUUUCUUUCCUUUUCCAUAUGAAGACAAUCACAGCUAAGAGCCCCCAUGAUUCUUCUUUCUCUUUCUCCAGGAGAUAUUUCAACUGGAAAAAGAAGGUCGAAGAUGAUGAUGACGAGGGAGAAAUCCUAACCCUCAGCUCCUCUUCGCAUUUUUGUGAGGAAGCCAAGGAAGCAGACCAGCUCCGAAUCCAGGUGCCUAGUCAAACAUCUUUAGUUCCAGUACCAAGAAAGAAGUUGCCAAUUGUUUCAGUUUCCAAGCUUCGGUCAGCUCUCAGUGUGUUUGGUAAGAACCGAUCAGCCUAUCGUUCAGGUUUAGGCACCAGAGUUGUAGGAACCCUGUUCGGAUAUCGGCGUGGUCACGUCCAUUUUGCAUUUCAAGAAGAGGCAAAAUUAAGUCCUGCAUUUUUAAUCCAACUUGCAACACCAACAAAUGUUUUAGUUCGGGAAAUGGCUUCUGGAUUGGUCAGAAUUGCCUUAGAGUGUGAAAAGAAGACAGAGAAGAAAGGCGUGAAGUUGCUAGAGGAACCUGUCUGGAGGACUUACUGUAAUGGAAAGAAAUGUGGGUUUGCAAUGAGGCGUGAGUGUGGACCGGAGGAAUGGAAAGUGUUGAAGGCGGUGGAGCCAAUUUCAAUGGGUGCUGGUGUGCUACCAGGAUAUUGCAAUGAGAAUAGAGCUGGGUCGGAGGGUGAGCUGAUGUACAUGAGAGCCAGGUUUGAGAGGGUUGUAGGGUCUAAGGACUCGGAAGCCUUUUACAUGAUGAAUCCUGAUGGUUCUGGAGGCCCUGAACUCAGUGUUUAUCUGCUUAGAGUUUAAUUAGUUUUGAGUUUUCAUGACAGUAUCUUAUGAUCCACUGCGUUAGCUUUAGAUUUUGUUGUUAAGCAAUGAAGACGUAGAGUGCAGGUUUACUCCUCAUAAUAACGGAUAUGGGGAACAUGGGUUAUAAUGUUUUUGUAUCAUGCUAAUAAUAUAAACAAACCUUUUAGUUAGUGGAAGGUAAUGGCAAUGGCAUGAUAUGAUAGAUGGGGUGGCUGUGGCGGGGUAUGUCCAUGUAUAUCUUCUUUCUCUC